CCGGCGAGCGCGGCGAUGGCGAUGAGCGAGCGCGAGCUAAAGUUCGUACAAAUCGGGCUCAGCGAGCAAAAGGCCAAGGAGACGGCGAAGAAUGCGACACUUUCGCAAGGCCUUUUCGACGCCAUCUUGGCGGCCGAGAAGACGACUAGUAAGCCGAUCACGAAGGCAAUGGGGAACCUGUUGUACCACGUCGUGACCAAAAUGAAGGGACAAAUAAAACAGUACGAGUCGCUCCUCAUCGAAUACGUCGCCAAGGGAAAGCUCGACUCCGAGGCCAAGCUGUCAGCUGCCAUGGACUACCUUCUCACGCACCCAGAACCGCCGCUAGACACAAAGGCGUUGGAGACGCACAGCGGCGUCGGCGUGGUCAUCUUGCCUGACCAGAUUGAGAAGGCCGUCGAGGACGUCAUCAACAAUCACCGGGAGAAGCUCGUGGAAGACCGGUACCAGUUCAAUGUCGGCAUUCUUCUAGCGGAGGCUCGUGCGAAGCUUCCCUUUGCAGAGGGCAAGUACAUCAAGAACGAGGUGGACUUGCAGGUGCUGCACCUGCUUGGCCCUAAGUCGGACGCCGACCUCCAGAAGGCGUCUCGUCCUAAGACCAAGGGAGGCAAGGAGCGCCCGAAAGCCUGCACUCCUCGGGAUACACAGUCGGUCGAGGUUCAGUUGAAUAGCGAUGGGAUGUCUGCUGACACCGGUGCCAAUACGAUGGAGGAACUCUUCCGGACCAAAGUGCACUUCCACAAACCUGGCGAGAAUCAGAAGACCGAGGGCUACGUCGUCACCCCGAACACCAUGGCGCAUCUCAAGCACCACCUCAAGGUGACCGGUGGCCAGGUUAGGACGCGGUUCCCUCCCGAGCCCAACGGAAUUCUGCACAUCGGGCACGCCAAGGCCAUCAAUGUGAACUUUGGUUACGCCAAGUCGCAGAGUGGCGUGUGCUUCUUGCGCUACGACGACACAAACCCCGAGAAGGAAGAGGAGCGUUUCUUUGUGGGCAUCCAGGAUAUGGUGCAGUGGCUAGGAUAUGAACCAUACAAGGUGACCCAUGCGUCCGACUACUUCGAUGACCUCUACGUUCUGGCUGUGCGAUUGAUAGAGCGCGGACUGGCCUACGUCUGUCACCAGACAGCGGAGGAGCUCAAGGGAUUCAACCCACCACCAUCGCCUUACCGGGAUCGCACCAUCGAACAGAAUCUCCGGUUGUUCGAGGACAUGCGCAAGGGCAAGUUCAAUGAGGGCGAGGCUACGCUGCGGAUGAAGGUGACCCUGGAGGAAGGCACAGACCCCGUGGCGUACCGGGUGCGCUUCGUGCCGCAUCCGCGCACGGGCGACAAGUGGUGCAUCUAUCCGACAUACGACUUCACCCACUGCCUGUGCGACUCGCUCGAGCACAUCACCCACUCGCUGUGCACCAAAGAGUUCCAGUCGCGCCGCUCCUCCUACUAUUGGCUCUGCAACGCCGUUGACGUCUACUGCCCCGUGCAGUGGGAGUAUGGACGGCUCAACCUCAACUACACCGUCGUCUCCAAGCGCAAGAUCGCCAAGCUCAUCGAGCAGGGCAUCGUCAGGGAUUGGGACGACCCUCGGCUGUAUACACUGACAGCACUAAGGAGGCGCGGGUUUCCCCCUGAUGCUAUCAAUAACUUCUGUGCAAAGCUCGGUUUGACAGGGUCCCUGUCGGCUGUGGAUCCUCAGCUGCUGGAGGCCUGCGUCAGGGAUUCUCUAAACCUUCCUGCACCUAGGGUAAUGUGCGUGGUGGAGCCAAUGAAGGUGACCAUCACGAAAUUUCCCACACGGUCAGAACGUGAAGUGCCGGUCACGGUGCCCGACUUCCCGGCCUCACCCGAGCGAGGUUCACACACUGUUACUUUAGCCAGUGUGGUCUACAUCGAGGUGUCUGACUUUCGGGAGACUGCCGACAAGUCGUUCCGCCGCCUCACGCUCAACCAGUCAGUCGGCCUUCGGCACACCGGGCUGGUCAUCUCAAUCAGCAAAGUCAUCAAGGAUGCUGCCGGUAACGUUAAGGAGUUGGAAGUUACGUGCCAAAAAUCUGAAGACAUCGAGAAGCCCCGUGCGUUCAUCCACUGGGUCUCGAAGCCCGUCAAAUGUGAAGUGCGGCUGUACGACCGGCUGUUCUUCCACAAGAACCCAGAAGACACAAGUGAAGCAGUCGGUGGCUUUCUCAACGACGUCAAUCGAGAUGCCAUGACAAUCUGCAGUGACUCGCUAAUCGACAAGUCACUGGCUAGUUGUUCUGUCUUGGACAAGUUCCAGUUUGAGCGCCUUGGAUACUUCUGUGUCGACCAGGACACUACACCAGAAAAGAUUGUGUUUAACAGGACGGUGACGCUAAAAGAGGACUCCGGGAAGAACUGACAACGUGGACUGUGGUCGUCCUUAGGUGCCUCCGUUUUUUAAAGUGUCUCUCAAAGAGCGCUCAAAAACGCACAAGAACUAUAUUUUUUCAAAUAGUUUUCAGACGCUCGACAGUCGCUCGAUAAUGCAUUGCUCCUUGGCCCUUGCAAGCUUGCCAAGGCCUCAUUCACUCUACAUGACGACUGGGGUGAUCGCCAAAAUGAACACAUCGCUGGUAACGUCUCCGCUCUAUGCACUGGGCUGUCGGCACUUCAAGUGUGUGCAUUUUCCACGUGUACACAGAAGGGCGAUUAUCAACGACUGCAGUGAUCCUGUGGCCCAAGAUCCUUGGCUCGCUAAGGGGUGCUCCUCUUUGUUCGCUCACUCUCUUAGUACUGUGAGAUGACAACUUCUCACGGAACUGACAUGCAACUCCGUGAAACUUACCUGUCCAUAAAUAAUUUAUUUUCUAGAAUAAAAACGGGAGGUGGUUCUUCCACAAUAUUGUAUAAUGACAUAGCUUCUACGUAAACUCUUUCUAUCCAAGACAUAUUGUCAUGGCAUGUCAAUAAUUAAUUUCAAAUGCGUUUGUGAAGGCUGUUUUUUUUUUCUCUGUGAAGUUUUGAUGAAGAAGCUUGUGCACAAAGACUGUUCACACGGACAUAUUGUGCUGGUUUUAUUUGUAUUUGAUACGUUGUGCAGAUGUGGUCAGAUUUGCGUUUAGUACAGGUUUCAGCUGAUUCAGAUGUGAUGGCAGUUGCUGACUAAGCUAGGACUGUGGGUAGAGUUGUGCUGAAACUGCAGGUACACGGCCCCUUUUGGACACAUACUAGUUCUGUUCUGACAUGUGGACCGCGCGAUGAGGGAAAUUGGCAAAACACACAAUACAAAGAGAUGGCUGGAAAUGUGUUGGGAAUCUGCCUAUAGAUUCUGGAAUAAGGUCACCUUAUUAAGAUUUUGAAAAUAAAGUGCUUGUGUUUUCUG